AACUGAUCGUGCCCACUGAGCGAGCGAGCGAGAGAGAGAUGAGCGCGACGGAGAACAUCGCCGGAGAUCUACACUCUCCGUCUCCAUUUAAGAAGUCAUCAAAACCUCCACCACCACCUCCGGCGGUCGGGAGAAAGAAGGCGGCGGCGAUGGGCGUUCGGGCAUGGCUGGCCGUCAAUUCCGCCGGAGAAGCGCGAAUGGUGGAGGCCGGAAAGCAGGCGAUCAUGAAGCGCACGGGGAUUCCGGCGAGGGAUCUCCGCAUAUUGGAUCCACUGCUCUCGUAUCCUUCCACCGUGCUCAGCCGUGAGCGAGCCGUCGUCAUCAAUCUCGAGCACAUCAAAGCCGUCAUCACGGCCCACGAAGUCCUCCUUCUCAAUUGCAGAGAUCCGAUUGUUUCGCCGUUUGUUCAUCAGUUGCAGCGCCGUCUCAAUCUCCGGCGGGGCCACCAGAAGAUGGAAGAUGAUGAAGAUGAGAUUGGCGAUGGGAGCCAUUCAUAUGACCUAGAAGAGAUCGCGUCGAGUAGGAGUUAUCCAGAGAAAUACGGCAAUGUGGAUUGCUCUGAAGAAGACGAGCGCCCGACAGAAUUAGACGAGAAAGGAAAAGCGGAAGAGGCAACAGAUCUAGCAAUCUCCGACGGCCCUAAAGCUAUUCCGUUCGAGUUCAUCGCAUUAGAAGCAUGUCUUGAAGCCGCUUGCAGCUGCUUAGAAAUUGAGGCAAAAACUUUAGAGAAUGAAGCUUAUCCAGCUCUGGAUAAACUAACCUCAAAAAUCAGUACUCUCAAUUUGGAACAUGUUCGUCAAAUCAAAAGCCGUUUGGUGGCACUUACAGGACGUGUUCAAAAGGUCAGGGACGAGCUUGAACACUUACUGGAUGAUGAUGAGGAUAUGUCUGAAAUGUAUUUGACAAACAAGCUUUUGCAGCAACAANCUGCUGAAAUUUCAUCUGAUGAGAACAUCGAAAAUCACAGCCACCAUGUAAUAUCUGCUUCCAACAAUGUCUUUGGGGAUGGACAUGAAAGUCAUACCUUCAGCACGAGAAGCAGCGGCAAACAUCCCGAUGUGGAAGAGCUAGAGAUGCUCUUGGAAGCUUAUUUUGUACAGAUCGAUAGCACUUUGAACAAGCUGUCCACACUGAGGGAAUAUGUGGACGAUACGGAGGACUACAUAAACAUAAUGCUUGAUGAUAAGCAAAACCAUCUGUUGCAGAUGGGAGUGGUUCUGAUGACAGCCACAUUGAUCGUAAGCGCCUUUGUCGUUCUGGUUGCUAUUUUCGGCAUGAACAUCAAGGUCGAUUUGUUUGACGAGAACAAGGCUGGCACCGCAGAGUUCGUGUGGACUGUGGGCGGCGGCGCCGCUGGGAGCUUGCUGCUAUAUGUGGUUGCAGUUUCAUGGUGCAAGCACAAGGGGCUCCUUGACUGAUGCAUGCUUCUGUGUUUCGACUGAUACUGUGUUUGUGAAUUUGCUGUAAAAAAUAAAAAUAGUAUUUUUAAGGGCAGAAAAAUUAAAAGAAAUAGCCUAGAUUUGUUAAGGAAUACUUAUAAGCUAUGCUUACAAAACAGAAGUACAAGGAAAUAGAAGUGAUAUAAAAGCCCAAAUUUAUUCUCAAAUUUGGCUGGUAGUUUGCCAUCGGGCAUGAAAGAGUCAUUGGGUUGGUCUGUAUGGUUGCAACCCUAAGUAAACAAUUUGGAUGAGUCUAGAGAUGACAAUGAACUAGUCUCUUAUGAGCUUAAGUGGAUGCCACCUUCUUCAUUCGUUUGGCGAGUACGUCUCGGACAUAACUAAUUAGUCCACUUAGGAUCCGCAUAGGACCGAGCUGGGGUCAAUU